AACUCAUCAGCCACUCAGCUCUCAGAGCGGUGUGUUUCUUCCGUCUUGCGAUUUUUUGCUCACAAUUAACGUUUCUUCUUCUUCUUUCAACUCUCGCUCUCUCUCUUGCAUUCUUCAGUCUUUAGUCUUUACCAUACACCCCUUGACUCUCUCUCUCUCACUCAGUGUGUGCAGUUUCCUUCUGAUUUCGCUUAAAGCUUUUUUCUUUUUUAGCUGUAGUUUUACCCAAAGGAUUUUGUUGCUCUACACUUUCAGAUCUUUAAUCUUUUCCUCCACUCCCGAUUGUGUUUGUUAUUCAGCAUAAUAAACCUAAAUAGAAAGAAAGAGUUGGCUUUUCGAAAUGUGGGUGCUUGGGUAAGGAGAAUGUGGUUAGAUUGAUUGAAGGUUACUCAUUUGGAUGAAGUUAUUUGAUUCUUGGUUACUGAGUUUGGAAGCAUGGGUUUUGAGUGAAUUGCUGUCUACAAAAGCAAAAGAAGAAAAGGAGUGAGCUUUUCGGAGUGUGGAAAAUGGGGUUUUGCAGUUGAAGGAUUUAAGGUUUGCAGAAGACUAAAAUGGAGGUUGAGAAAAAACGUUCAAAAGGAGGAUUUCUAAACUUGUUUGAUUGGAAUGGCAAAUCUCGGAAGAAGCUUUUCUCGAGCAAUUCCGAGUCAUCUGGAUUAAAGCAAGGAAAAGAAAAUGUGGAGAGUUUCUCGAAGUCAGGGCUCUAUAGGGUAGAGGGCGAUGAGAGUGGAACAACUUCAAGUAAUAAAGCAAGUAGUGAUUGGCACUAUGCUUCAUCAGUGACUAGUGAUGAGGGAUGUGGGAGUAGAGCCCCUGGUGUAGUUGCUAGAUUAAUGGGUCUGGAUUCAUUGCCAACUUCAACUGUCCCUGAGCCAUCUUCAACUGUCCCUGAGCCAUCUUCUAGCCUACUCUUUGACUCCCAGUCGCUCAGAGCACCUGAUCAUGACAGGAGCAAUGGUAAUUUGUGGAGCGAUUUUUAUGCCAUGGAGUACAUAAAUGUGCCAAAGAAGCUGGAUAGAUUUUCUUGGAAUCCUGUAGAAUCUAGAGCACAGGGAGUGCAGAACCAGCCAAUUGAGAGAUUUCAAACUGAAGUUUUGCCUCCAAAAUCAGCUAAGUCAAUUCCAGUUACGCAUCACAAGCUUUUGUCACCUAUCAAGAGUCCUGGCUUCUUCCCAACAAAAAAUGCGGCUUAUAUAAUGGAGGCAGCCUCAAAGAUCAUUGAGGCAAGUCCUCGAGCAUCUUCCAAGAGCAAAGGGUCAUCUGUAGGGCCUUCUUCAAUUCCCUUGAGAAUUAGGGAUUUGAAAGAGAAGAUGGAAGCUGUGCAAAAAGCAUCCAGACCUGAAAGACCGAAGGAAGCUGGUGACGUUAAGUAUAUGAAAGGACUGCCUGGUGACAGGAUUCAAAAUGGGUCAGAUAAUGUAAACUUACCCAAGGCUUCUGUGAACUCAGAAAGACAAAGUUACAGGGAUGGAAGGAAUAAGGGAAAAUCAGUAUCACUUGCGGUACAAGCAAAGGUCACUGUUCAAAGAAAGGAUGGGUCGAGUUCUUGUAGUAAUAGGAGUUUCAUGAAUCAGAAGGAACAGAAUGAGAUGAAAAAAAAUCAGUUUUCCAAGAGCAGGCCAAGUCCACAAAGAGCUGUGCAUAAGAAAACUUCCCCUGACAGCACCAAAAGUGUGCUCAAGCAGAACAACCAGAAGCAGAAUUGUGUAUCUAAUAAAGAUAAAACGACUUCAAAAAAUAUGUUUCCUAAUCCACCUACUAGAAGAAUGCGGUCAACUAAUGGCUCUAGUAGGCCAGGUAAGACUGUAAGUAAGGUUCUUGUAAACUCUGAAACUGGAUCUGGAAAGAUGGGCUCAAUGGGAAAUGCUACUGGAAAGGAAUUUUCUUUAUCCACAAUGAAGAACGUCUCUGGAAAGUUAAGGUCUGUUGGCCAGGAUGUUCACUUAGAAGAAGCCGUUUCUGAUAAUGCAUUUAUCAGUGAAGAUGAAAGGUCAGUAAAAUGUAAUGUUUCAAUGGAUGGGUGCACCAGUUUGGGCGCAGAUAAUAGGAAACAAGCCAUGGAUGUUGUUUCGUUUACAUUCACGUCUCCCCUGAAAAGAUCCAUCUCUGAAUUGCAGUCCUCUGGUCAAGUCAUGAGUAGAAACAACAGCUUUUAUAUUGAUUCUUUUGGUAACAAUGAUCAGCAGCGCUACCCAGAGAAUUUCACAUUAUCUUCACCUGGGUUCAGCGUGAUUGGUGGUGAUGCUCUGAGUGUCCUUUUGGAACAAAAGCUUCAAGAGUUGUCAUGUAAAGUUGAGUUGUCUCAGCGUAACCCAUCCAAUGAAGAGACUUCUGCAGCUGCUAGUUCUUCAUCUGGCUUGCAAGAUAUGGCUUCUGGUGUGGCUAGUACCGCAUCAAGAGGCAAGAAGUUCGAACUCGGUUUGCGCAGAGAUGAACUUGACUGGAAGGGAUCAGAAGGGAUGGAAGAGUGUAGCAGUAGCAGCAUAACCAGUGCAAAUGGAAAAGAAUUUGAUUAUCAGAAUCUUAGUCCACUUUCAGCCCCCUCGUUUGAGAGUCGAAGCUGCACGGGUAACAGAAAUAGUGCCAAUGGCAGUGACAGUGAGAGAUGUUCAUUGGCUCAAGCUCAAGACCAAAUGGAUUUAUUCUCUUCAUAUGAAACCCUACCAGCAUAUAGUGUUUCAGAGUUGUUUGACUCAGCCUCUUCUGCUUCCACAGGGGAUGUGAGUGGAAAGAAUAUGACUAGAAUUUCAGGUUCCCAUUAUCUUAAUUGUACAAACAAUUGGGAACUGGAACAUGUGAGAUACAUCCUUAGCAAUGUAGAUUUAGAGAUGGAAGAUUUUGCGCUGGGUGAUGCUCAGACUGUCAUUACCCCAAGUCUUUUUGAUCAUUUGGAGGAUCAAGAAGAGUAUCCAAAGCUCCAGCGGAAGAUUGUAUUUGACUGUGUAAAUGAAAGCCUGCAGCUCAGAUGCAAGCAAUUUUUUGUCGGAAGCCACAAAGCAUGGGAUAAAUGGGCAGCAUUGUCUCAGAGGAAUGGAUGGUUAGCUGAGGAAUUGUACAAAGAUAUUCUGGGUUGGAAAAAUAUGGCAGAAUUGAAUGUGGAUGAGCUUGUGGACAAGGACAUGAGCACCCAGCGUGGGAGAUGGCUUGACUUCGACAUUGAAACAUUUGAGGAGGGUCUAGAGAUUGAGAAGGAGAUACUAAAUUCUUUGGUUGAUCAGUUGGUGUCUGAUUUUUAGCACUUUUAGUCCCUCUUAAGUUGGCCCUUGUAUUUAUAAUCCACUGCAAUAUAUUAUAUCCAGUUGAGCCUUUUAUCUGGUGGAACUUGUAUGCUUUUCCUUAUCUAAUUUACCUUCAACAUUUUCAUCUAGCUGA